AUGGCCACCGCUACAACUAUCGAAAACCUCCCCACCGAGGUCAUUCUCAAGGUGUUCGGCCACUUGGAUACAGAUCGCUGCCGCUUGAAUACACUUUCCAAAACAAUGAGAGUCUGCAAACGGUGGAAGGAUGCUGUUGAGCCACUGUUAUACGCACGAUUAUACCUCAACUUCUGCCUAUUGGAUUUAGAAGACGAGAAUGACGGCGAGGAUGACGACGUUGAUGAUCCUUGGAAAACCAGUGUUUCUAAAAACCAUGAUGACCUUCGUCCUCAUCUUUUCCAUGAGGGGUUGUUUUUGAGAUGUGCGGGGUUUGUGAGGGAUCUCGCUAUAGAGUUCGAUGAUGUGCAUGGAUCCGGAACGAUUGAUACCCCCAACUUAACGCAGUUAAUAAAACGAACGUCACCUUUCAAGAACAUCACAUCACUUACUUGCAAAGGCAGUGGCUCGAACGUAUCCCUCAAGAGAUUUUGGACGUUCCUCGGGCUCACCGAAUCAUUAUUCCCACAACUUCAGUGUUUAACUAUUUCCAGAGUUGUAAGGGGGAAUUCCGGUCCUGGGGCACCCCCGGUAAGGUCGAACCCAACGAAUAGUUUCACUGCGGGAAAGAGAACCGGGAGUCUCAAAGAGAUUAAAAUUUCAUUAGAUGUGUUUCAGUCUGAUGGACAUCACAUUCACGAAAUAUUUGGGAAUAUCGUCGAAACUUUUGGGAUGGAGGCUGCGGGGUUGGUAUCUGAGGUAGAUUUAUAUCUUGAAGAUACUGGUGCAGUGCGUCGUCAUCGUCGUCAGACUGGGAAUUUGAAAUAUUUGAAACUAAAUGAAGAGAAUGGCCACAACUUUGAGGAAGACUGGAGGGUUAAUAAUCUACGAAGACUUAAGUAUACGGACUGUGAAGGGUUAUAUUUGGUACCGGAUCUGAUAUUUGUGGAUGGUGGUUGUUUUGAAAAGUUGAGGUGGUUGGAGGUUUCGCUUUCGAACUGGUUUAUCUGGAGGGAUGAGUUAAAAAGGUUUUUCUCAGAAUCCCCAACUUCGCCAGCACCUUUCCCGAACGUCGAAAUCUUCAAAUUAAAUACUAGAGGAGCAGUUAAAGCAAACCCAACGAUAGAAUACUGGAACAAAAGUGGGGAUAAUAAGUGGUUUCGUGAUCUCCUCGACGAGAGCUUAAUAUUCUUCCCAAGGUUAAGAGAUUUUAGGGCUGGUACUGAGAAUAUGCGUCGUUGUUAUAUUGAGAGAAACCCAGAUGGCGAACUUGUUAUUGGGAAGGAUUUUUUUUGUUAA